CGCUGCCAAAGCGGAUUACAGCGCGUCGCCUCUGAUUCUUUCCCUUCGUCUCCCGCUUGAGGGUUUCCCCCUCCUGCUCUCACAAUCGUUUCUUCUUAGAAGAGAGAACCAUGGCUUUAUUAAUAAGUGCGAAUUGGAUCGGCGAAUCUUUACAAUGAGUUCCUCCGCUGCUGCGCUUCCGUCACCGCGGCAACUUUUCCGUGCGCCACGGCGCCACUGAGGCGCUUCUCGGUGGGAAAGUUUCACAUGAAGCCCGAGGGGACCAUGGGCUCCCGGUGAAAGAUCCCACUUUCUUCCCUCUGCCUUUCAAGCCGCGCGGCAAAAAUGCAGAAGAGCGUCCGCUACAACGAAGGGCACGCACUGUUCCUGUCGGUGGUGGCGCGUAAAGAGGGCACCAAGCGCGGCUACCUGAGCAAGAAGACGGCGGAGAACAGCCGGUGGUCGGAGAAGUUCUUCGCCCUCUACCAGAAUGUACUGUUCUACUUCGAGAACGAGCAGAGCGCGCGACCAGCUGGGAUUUACCUGUUGGAAGGAUGCACCUGCGAGCGCACGCCUGCGCCAAAAAUAUCGACGACCGGGAAAGAAGCGCUGGAGAAACAGCACUACUUCCUGAUUGUGUUUGGCCACGAUGGACAGAAACCUCUGGAGUUGCGGACAGAUGAGGAGUGCGAGUGUGAUGAAUGGGUGGAGGCCAUCCAGCAGGCGAGCUAUUCUGACAUAAUUAUUGAACGAGAAGUGCUGAUGCAGAAGUACAUCCACCUUGUACAAAUUGUGGAGACUGAGAAGGUGGCAGCCAAUCAGCUCCGCACUCAGCUGGAGGACCAGGACACGGAAAUUGAAAGACUUAAAUCAGAGAUUGUAGCUUUGAACAAAACCAAGGAGCGGAUGCGGCCUUAUCACGUCUACCACGAGAACGAAGACCCAGAUAUCAAAAAAAUCAAAAAGGUUCAGAGUUUCAUGCGCGGCUGGCUGUGUCGCAGAAAGUGGAAAAUUAUUGUCCAGGACUACAUUUGCUCUCCACAUGCUGAGAGCAUGAGGAAGAGGAACCAGAUUGUCUUCAAUAUGGUGGAGGCAGAGACAGAGUAUGUCCACCAGCUCUACAUCCUGGUCAACUGUUUCCUCAGACCUCUGAGAAUGGCCGCCAGUUCAAAGAAACCUCCCAUCAGCCAUGAUGAUGUGAGCAGCGUCUUCCUCAACAGUGAGACCAUCAUGUUCCUCCAUGAGAUUUUCCAUCAAGGCUUGAAAGCGAGGAUCGCCAACUGGCCAACCCUGGUGCUGGCUGACCUGUUUGACAUCCUGCUGCCAAUGCUAAACAUCUACCAGGAGUUUGUGCGUAACCAUCAGUACAGCCUUCAAGUUUUAGCCAACUGUAAGCAGAACAGAGAUUUUGACAAACUGCUGAAACAAUACGAGUCCAACGCUGCCUGUGAAGGAAGGAUGCUUGAGACUUUUCUCACAUACCCAAUGUUCCAGAUCCCUCGUUACAUCAUAACACUACACGAACUCCUGGCCCACACGCCCCAUGAGCAUGUGGAGCGCAAGAGUCUUGAGUUUGCCAAGUCCAAAUUAGAGGAAUUAUCUAGAGUGAUGCACGAUGAGGUUAGCGACACAGAAAACAUCCGGAAGAAUCUGGCCAUUGAGAGGAUGAUUGUUGAAGGAUGUGACAUCCUGCUGGACACCAGCCAGACCUUCGUCAGGCAGGGCUCUCUGAUCCAGCUGCCGUCCGUGGAGCGAGGGAAGCUCAGCAAGGUUCGUCUCGGCUCCCUUUCCCUGAAGAAAGAGGGAGAACGACAGUGUUUUCUCUUCACAAAACACUUUCUCGUCUGCACUCGCAGCUCUGGUGGAAAACUACACCUCCUGAAGCAAGGUGGGGUUUUGUCCCUUAUUGACUGCACACUCAUAGAGGAACCAGAUGCUACUGAUGACGAAUCUAAAACGGCUGGCCAGGUGUUUGGUCAGCUGGACUUUAAGUUGGUGGUGGAGCCAUCAGACUCGCCUUCAUUUACUGUGGUGCUGCUGGCACCGUCGCGGCAGGAGAAGGCUGCAUGGACCAGUGAUAUUAGCCAGUGCAUCGACAAUAUCCGCUGUAAUGGCUUGAUGACGAGUGUGUUUGAGGAAAACUCUAAGGUCACUGUGCCUUAUAUGAUCAAAUCCGAUGUACGCCUCCAUAAAGAUGAUAUUGACAUUUGCUUCAGCAAGACGCUCAACUCCUGCAAGGUCCCCCAGAUCCGUUACGCGAGUGUGGAGCGGCUGCUGGAGCGGCUGACGGACCUGCGCUUCCUCUCUAUAGACUUCCUGAACACCUUCCUGCACACAUACAGGAUCUUCACCACAGCAACCGUGGUCAUGGACAAACUGGCUGACAUCUACAAGAAGCCCUUUUCCUCCAUACCCAUCAGGGUGCAGCGCCACUCAUUUGACCGUCUGUCCAUCUCAUCCAUCUGUCCUGACUACAGUCUGAAGAUCAAGAAGAUAGCCAUGGAUCAGUCCAAGUCCUUGGAGUUGUUUUUUGCCACAAACCAAAACAACAGAGGCACUGACAACACGAACAAUAGUUCUCCUCGUCUCUGCCGCAAGUUCUCGUCUCCUCCUCCGUUAUCCAUCCAGUCCCGCACCUCUUCCCCCGUCCGGAUCCGAAAGCUUUCUCUUCACUCCCCCAUCACUGCCAGGGUGGGAGGCCUCGACCUGUCGUCUCCUCUGUCCAACUUAAACUUCAACCACAGCAGCUCCCAGUCGGCUGCCAGUAGCCCUACUUCUGCCCAGACCCCUCAAACUCCCACGCCUCAAACCCCAACCCCGACUGCUACCUCUCCACCUUCCUCUUCCACCUCUCCUCCUCCCAACAACUGCAAACCGUCACAGGAUCCUCUGACUCCCUCCUCGCCUGACCAAAGUCCCAUCUCAGCAGCCGACGGGGAGGAGGCUCCGCGGAUCGAUCCUUUCUGUGGAAAACUGAGACGGAGCAUUCGGAGAACUGUGCUGGAAUCUGUGUCGCUGGAGAAAAUCAUUCCAGAGUCUCCGCAGAACAGCGAGGCAGGAGACAUGUCUCCGUGUCGCUCUCCCUCCACACCACGCCACCUCCGCUACAGACAGCCUGGAGUUCAGUCGGGGGAGAAUUCACGCUGCUCCGUCUCUCCUGCCUCAGCGUUUGCAAUUGCAACUGCAGCAGCAGGACAUGGUACCCCACCAGUGUUUACUAACUCUGAGAGGACCUGUGAUAAAGAGUUCAUCAUCCGCAGAGCUGCAACCAACAGAGUGCUCAAUGUGCUGCGUCACUGGGUCUCCAAACACUCGCAGGACUUUGAGAUGAACGGGGAGCUGAAGAUGUCGGUGAUUUAUCUCCUGGAGGAGGUGCUGCGAGAUCCAGACCUCCUGCCCCAGGAGAGAAAAGCAACUGCCAACAUAUUAAGUGCCCUUUCUCAAGACGAGCAGGAGGAUGCCCAGUUGAGGAUAGAGGAUAUUUUACAGAUGGCAGACUGUCCAAAGGCUGAGUGUUUUGAGUCUCUCUCUGCGAUGGAGCUGGCUGAGCAGAUCACUCUGCUGGAUCACAUUGUCUUCAGGAGCAUUCCCUACGAAGAGUUCCUGGGCCAGGGCUGGAUGAAGGUCGAUAAGACUGAAAGGACUCCCUACAUCAUGAAAACCAGUCAACAUUUCAAUGAUAUGAGUAACCUUGUGGCAUCCCAGAUUAUGAGCCACACUGAUGUUGGCUCCAGAGCGAGCUCCAUUGAGAAGUGGGUCGCCGUUGCGGACAUCUGCCGCUGUCUGAACAACUACAACGGAGUGCUGGAGAUCACGUCUGCACUCAAUCGCAGCGCCAUCUACCGUCUGAAGAAGACAUGGGCUAAAGUCAGCAAACAGACUAAAGCUCUGAUGGACAAACUGCAGAAGACCGUGUCCUCUGAGGGAAGAUUUAAAAACUUGAGGGAGACGCUGAAAAACUGCAACCCUCCUUGUGUGCCGUACCUGGGAAUGUAUCUGACAGACUUGGCCUUUAUCGAGGAAGGAACUCCCAAUUUUACUGAGGAGGGUCUUGUUAAUUUCUCCAAAAUGAGGAUGAUCUCACACAUCAUCAGAGAGAUCCGUCAGUUCCAGCAGACACCUUACAGAAUAGAGCAUCAACCUAAGGUGACUCAGUACCUUAUGGAUAAGACUCUGACCAUGGAUGAGGACACACUGUAUGAUCUCUCGCUAAAAAUCGAGCCCAGACUGCCUGCCUGAAUGAUCAGUUUGAAGUUUUCGAGAACCCACCGAACCUCUGAGGAUGAAACACCCACCCUGAUCCUAAUCCAUCAAGAAAAAAAUGGAAGAAAGUCAUCAGAGCAUUGUGGAAAGGAACAUUUUCUUGUAGAAAAUGAGCUGUUUUGCAGAAUAAUGAGGUAGCAUGAGAAGAAGACAGAGAUGGGUAAGGUGUCUGAGCGAUGAAUGCGGGUCGAAUGCACAGCAUGAAGGUUUUCUUAGUACAGUGUGGUGCACACUACAUCACUUUUCCUCAGAGAGCCUGAGAGUGCAGAGAAAGAAGUGGAUGAACAUAACAGAGAUGUAGCAUAAACAGGUGGAGUUACAGAGAGAGGACUGAGCUUAUGUCUCUGUGCCAUGACUUGUGUUCUGUUGCUUAUGCAUUUCCACGCAACGCCCCAAACAAAAAUUCCUCUUACAAAAUGCUUUCUGUCGUGACGGUCUCCACAUUAAAUCUGCACUAUCUCAUCUUAGGAUGUGUCUGUUUGAAUGGCCUUUGACCUGACCUCUGAACUCAGCAUACAGCACUCCAACCAGAAGGAUUUUAUUUGGCAUCACACAACCUCAGUGAGCUUAGCAGAUUAAAAUCAGCUGCUCUCCUCAAAUUUAUUGUUUAACGACACACUGAAAAGAAAUUUCAUAUUUCUUGCCGAAGAUUUUCACUUGCCGUAAAGAAUUUAAGCCUAUAAUUAUCUUUUAUCUAGCCUCAGAUUUCUAUAAAAAAUGAAAAGCUAUUUUUUUACUUAUUGCCCAGAUGAAUGAAACAAAUUUAAGACAUUUUCCAGUGCCUUCCGUUUGUGUAGGUCAAUUUCUGCAUACUUGACAAUUUGUCCAGUCAUAGCUUUAUAUAACUCCUCAAUGUGCUCUAAAAAUAAUCUCAAAUGGAUUCUAGUUUUAGUUUAAAACUUGUCAGAAAAUAGGUAACAUAUGCUCCAUGGUACUGUAGCAUGUUGGUGUAAAGAUAGGGAAUGCAACAUUGAAAACAUAAGCAAACAUCGCCCUCUACUGUUUAAUUGUUGUAAAGAGCCCUGCCAGCCUAAACCAUUUGCAGCAUCUUUGUGCAGUUACAAUGUUUUGGCUUUUGCAAACUGUCAGCUGUGUGAAUGUGUGUUUUCUGAGUGACCGCAUGUUAGGCAGGGGCAGCUCUCUUUGAGAUGUAGCUUUGCUUGACUGACGGUGGGAUCAUUGUUUACAGUUUAAUUUAUUUAGUACAUUGAACUAUAUUUAAUUUUUUUGUAUAUAGUGACUCCUCAGAUAUGUGACUGAUAAGAUAAAUUGUUAUGCUGUGAAUAAAAAUUUCUAUUGUUUUUCAUUUAUUUAAUUUUAAUCAAUUAAUUAAGUUUGUUUUGGUAUUUAUAUUGAAUUGUUGUUUUGCAUCUCAUGAACCUACAAAAAUGAUGUAUUCUGUAGAUUGAAAAAAAAUGUAGCAUUUGAAUGAUCAGACUUUGUUUUUCAUAUUGAUCAUAUGAUAAAUAGUGUUGCAUGCACACAACAGCUGCAUGCUGUGCAUGUCUGACUGGAUUUCUCCUGUACCUUCAGCCGCUGCUUCUCUGUAUGAAAAUGUUCUGUGUAGAUGCUGAAGAAAAUAUAUAAAAACAAUAUUUUGUCCAAUUAAAUCUGGCAUGUUUGUCUCUUGUCAAGCCCCGUCUCAGGGCUGCCAGCCACAAAACAACCUGUUGUGACACAGUGACGUGUUGAAGCUUUUUCUCAUUUAAAAAUGUGUCUCUGUAGUUCUGGAUGUCUGUUUCACUCAAGGGGUUAGAAAAGCAGAUUGCUGUAUUUGUGUUGUAAUUAUUUAUGUGUAUUUGUUUUUGUGUUACUUUAUCUGUUUACAUUUUUCACUUGUUGGUGCAGGGAAAAUAAAUACAACAUGCCUUAUGCA